AAGUAGCAAUGACAAGUGCUAAUUCCAGACUUCGUUUUCAUGUCACAUGCAAUUUUAUAGCUACUGGCCAUGAGCAGUGUCUGUUUUUUUGUCCCAAACACGGUUCUGAUGUUACACAUAAAUAAGGAGACCAUGUUGCAUAAGGACAUAUCGCGCGAAAACAUUCGCGCCCUUUCAAAGAAUUCAUUCCAAUUGCUCCUCUUCCUUCCUCUCCCCUCUUUUUUUUUGUGUUUCUUUCUUUUAUAAUCACAAUGACCACAACCAAUGACCAAACUAACGAACAACACGAUGUGGAUGAGCAGCUUAUCUAUUCGGCACAGCAAUAUGAAGAAGAAUAUGAUAAUACGACGCCAGACGCUAUUCCUCAAAUACUAGAGCUGGACUUACGUGGAGUUCGUGUCAAAUUAGAUAGAGACACUCUAGUUAGUUUACCAGAGAGCUUAUUAAUUGCCAUGUUUCCUAAUGGACUUGUGUUGGGUAGAUCUGAUCCUAAUACCGUCGACAGUGAAGAGGAAGAGCAUGUUGGCUCUGAAGACGAAGUAUUGACGACAUAUGUCGACUUUGACUCCGCAUGUUUAGAGUAUGUGUUACAGUUUUACCAAUAUGCACUGGAAACAAGAGACGAGCACGAGUUGCAAAAUGAAGGCUCUAUAUUUUCUUCUUCACCAGCCGCACAAUACUAUCCCUCCCUUUUAGAUAAACAGCCGAUCAUAGUACUUCGUGAAGAGUUAGAGUACUACUGUGUGGUAUCCAAAUCAAAAGCCAAUUUAUCUAGUAUCAAAUUGGCAUCAGGGGACUAUUUGAAGGUACAGAAUAAAGUCUUUGCUGCCCUCCAGAAGAACAUUGCUAGGGAGAAUAAUGUGGCCGAGCAGCAUUUGAUUGAUAUGCUAUGUGAUGCUGGGUUUACAAGACAAGACGUAUGGGGUCAUCGUGAAGUCGAACCCAACAGGACUUGUAUUAUUAGCAUGAGUUUAGUGUUGUUACAAACAUCAGGGCCUGAUAAUCACAUGGCGACGGCACAGAAGCUGUUAUUGUUUUGGAGAAAGCCUGCGAGAAAAUGCUGGUGGGAUGGAAAUACAGUGGAUAUUAAUGGGGAAUCGAUUAGGCUUUGGGCAAGGCGUACUUGGACUUUAGAAUUGGCAUUAAUUUAAGCCUUCUAUUUCCUUUUUCUCUUUUCGUUU